AUGUAUCGUGCAAUCAGUGCGUGGCCUGUCGCUGACAGUGCAUCUUUGGAUUUCCAAUUGAUGUUGCCAUCUACUAUGUUUCCAAGUAGAGAAGUUCAAGCCGCUGCGGAGCUCAGUGCCAUCAUUGACUUGUCCCUAAUGGUGUUUGCGCAAGGUAUAUAUCGACCCAGUGAAAAUUUAAGCUCUCUUGGGCCAUUAAUGCCCCCAAGCGUCUUGUCAAUCCCCGUUUCUGCUCUGGAGUGA